AUGACGACGCAAGCUUUACAUAUCGCAAAUUAUGAGUUCACCAUGGAUGAGCCAAUUAAGGACACAGUGAUACGUGACGCUAAAAGUAUUUACCAAAAGAUACUACAUAUUUGUUUUCAUCAAUACGAUGGAGACAAUACCAUAAAAAAAUGGGAUUUAUGGGGAUCUUUUAUUGUUUACAUAUCAUUAUCAGUAAUUAUAUUUCUAGAUAAGGAAGUUCAGGAAAAGAAAAAUACGUUUGCCUAUUUUUUCGUCAUCUUUCUUGUUGGUCAUAUUUUAGUAUCCUUAAAUUUGUCAUUACUACAUAUAAAUAUACACUUUUUCCAGUCAUUAUGCAUUGUUAACUAUUCCUUAAUCCCCCUGGUAUUUUCGUCCGUUAUGAAUAUGUUUAUAUCCUGUCGAAUGCUGAGGCUUCUAUUUUCUAUGCUGUCCACCGUUUGGUCUUCAUACAAUUGUAUCCUUAUAUUAGCAAAGUUUAUAAAACCCAAUAGACUUUUAAUUUCUAUUUUCCCCAUUUGCUUAUUACAUUUUUUUUUGGCAACCUUAUUACUGAUUAAAUAA